CGGAGCCCGUCUGGGUCACCGGGUUUGUGUUACACAAAAUUUAACCUUCCCUUCUGCUACAGGAAAAAAAAAAUACAGUAAAUGAUUCCGUUUCGGGAGGCGUAAUGUCAGGUGUGAUUAAGUUUUUCAAGUCGCUGGUCUCGUCGGAGCCAGCGGCAACAGGUUUGGCAGCUAAGGCUUCUGAAUUAUCUUCUCGAACUGCAUCUGCGGAAUCAACACCAGUCCACCCCACUCCCUCCACACCGGCAUCUGCACCCUCACCACCAGCUCAUGUUCAAGCUGUCAAACCACACGUCCCACUUAUCAAAUUUCGAAAAGGCGGUCCUGCUGGUGGUCAUUCGGCAACUAGUGGAGUAGCUUCAUCAGGUGGAGUAGGUAGCAGUCAUGCGGUCUCUCGUGGAACCAUUGAAGACUACCAAUUACCUGCUAGGUACCAACGCUCCCCUCUUGAUGAAGCAGAAAUAGAUUAUAUCAAUAGAGGAGGACCAAACUGAAGACAAGAAGUAAUGUAGUAUCCAAACGAACUGGCUUACUUUGAGGUGCUGGACUUUCCGUAUGGAAACGAUGGUUUCAAGAUGUUGAAGACCCUUAGUGUUCUUUCUCCUUAUGUGUUGCAAAACUGUGAUGCGACAGUUUCUUGUCAGCUUAUUUAGCACUGUACAUAAAUAAAUUAAUCUAAACCUCA